CCCUCAUUAGCAUGAAUGACGCCGUCAGUCUAUAACGUGCGAGCUCCGAGUCCGCUUUCCCUUAUUCUGCAUCUGAGAGUGAGCGGCGCUAUGGCUGAGGAAAAGAAGGGUCAAGUUGCCAAGAAGGGCGCGAAGAAAGCGGUGAAGAGGGCGCCAGCGAAGGGUGGCAAGAAGAGGAGGCGGUCCAGGAAAGAAAGUUACGCCAUCUACAUCUACAAAGUGAUGAAGCAGGUUCACCCCGACACCGGCAUCUCCUCCAAGGCCAUGAACAUCAUGAACUCGUUCGUCAAAGAUAUUUUCGAGCGCAUCGCGGGGGAGGCUUCCCGCCUGGCCCAUUACAACAAGCGCAGCACCAUCAGCUCCCGGGAGAUCCAGACCGCCGUGCGGCUGCUGCUGCCCGGGGAGCUGGCCAAGCACGCCGUGUCGGAGGGUACAAAGGCGGUGACCAAGUACACCAGCUCCAAGUGAAGGACCGCAUUGCACUGAAACACACCCACAACCCAAAGGCUCUUUUAAGAGCCACCUACAACUUCCCUGAAACAGCUGAAUCGUUAUGUUUAUGUAUUUUAAAUAAAUAUAUCUACGAGACUUGUGUUUAAUAAACGUUCUGUCAAGUAUUGUGUGAUCGCUGACCCCGU